AUGCAAACUAUUAUUCGACAAAAAAAAAUCAUCGAGAAAUUGGAGCGUCAGCUGAAGAAUUGCACACACUCAAAAUCAGAUGCCAGUUCCCUAAGUGUUCGUAUUGAUGAGCAACGAGCAAAGUUCGAACGAAGAGAUGGUUUCAGUUAUAAUUUUGUGAUACUGGAUUGGAAACGCAAUGAUCAAGGCAAAGCUCAACAACAUCUGAAUUUGGCCUUGAAACAAAGCGCUUCGAAUGUUUACGUUUAUGAUCACGGAUCAUUGUCUGGGACAUUUUUUUCUUUUGGUGAUAGGAUAAUCGAUAUUGAUGGGAUAACUUUUGCUAGAGCCAUCGAUAUUCGAGAUCGCAUUAUUUGGUCUCAUCAUAAUAAAGAUUAUUUUACGAGUAUCAUUGAACGACCUAUAACAGAACAAGCAAUGAAUAUUAUGUCCUCAUUUUUAAAUCCUUCUAAUUCAUGUUUUACUGUACUGCUACGUGUUUGA